AACAGGCUCUGCUAUAAGCUAAUGCUACUGAUUGUUUGCGCUUGGUUUACGUUACUUUAAUAAACAGUACGCGUUAAUAGAAGGAGUUACAACUGAGUGUAUCUGGCACAAGGUUUCCACCCAUUAUUGUGAGAUCUAAAGCAUGUCUGGUAUAGCAUUAAGUCGUCUUGCUCAAGAACGAAAGGCUUGGCGGAAAGAUCAUCCUUUUGGCUUUGUAGCUGUGCCCACCAAAAACCCAGAUGGAACUAUGAACUUGAUGAAUUGGGAGUGUGCCAUCCCUGGAAAAAAAGCGACACCUUGGGAGGGUGGCUUGUUUAAAUUAAGGAUGCUCUUUAAAGAUGACUACCCCUCGUCUCCUCCAAAGUGUAAAUUUGAGCCACCCCUGUUCCAUCCUAACGUAUACCCAUCUGGCACUGUGUGCCUUUCCAUUUUAGAGGAAGACAAAGACUGGAGGCCGGCUAUCACUAUCAAGCAAAUAUUGCUAGGAAUCCAAGAACUCCUAAAUGAGCCAAAUAUUCAGGACCCUGCACAAGCAGAGGCAUAUACAAUUUACUGCCAAAACAGAGUGGAAUAUGAAAAAAGGGUCAGAGCACAAGCCAAAAAGUUUUCUCCGUAAGCCUCAAGAUUUCAUUCUGAUGGAAGAAACGAUAUUUAACAGCGACCAUGCAGUUUUCCCUAGCUUUCAUUUCAUUCCCCUCCUUCCACUUCACGGUUUUCCACAAGGGUUUGAAGAACUGAACGUGUUGUGCCAUCGUGUGUCAGGUGAUUCAUUUAACAAAGCACUCAAUCAGCUCUUAAUUUGGCUUUAUUGUUUUUAAAAGAGGUGGAUGACACCUUUGCCACCUAUUCCAGCUCAGUGCUGGCACAAGCACUCAUUCCAUGAGUUCUCCAGCUCUGUAUGCUACAGUGGUGGUGUUUUUUUUUUUUUUUUUUUUGGAUCCAUAAACGACUGGUUAAUUAGCUCAUGCAAUGAAUUCGAGUGUGUUUGUACAGGGACAACUGACUUCUGUGCUGUCGUCUUUUCGGGGCCUGUCUCAUGAAGCAGGGUGGAUUGGUUAUCUGGUUACAUUUGGGGUAAGAAUGGAUUUUAUAUCCAGUGAUUGAUCUAGUAUUACCAGAUCACGUGUAGACUGUAUACAGCUCUUGGACCUAUCAUCUUUUAAAAAGUCCAGUUCAUUUCCUGGCUACCAAAAGUGAGCCAGACUCUAAAAAUAGACAUAUCAUUUCUUUAGAGGACGUCCAUCCAAGACCACUUAAAAAAAUAGCCUUUAAUCUACUUUACAAGCCUAGCACUCAAUUCUUCAUUACCAUUUUCUUUAAAUGCUCUUUUGAUGUUCAAAUGAUAUGCUCGAUUCUGUUCCUAAUUACUGAAAUGACAGCCAAAAUAUUUUUUAAUUCCAUUUAUCCAGUGUAUCCAGUUAGUUGACUGAUCUGUACAUGCAAGUGAGAACAGUUACAUGUGGCUACAGUCACAAAAAAUCGAAUUUUUCCAGGAUUUAGUAAGAAAAAGCUGGAGAAACUGAUCAGAUGAUCCUGUGUAUCAGGCAGGGUAACUCUUGGAACCCUUGGAACUAGAGUCAGAGACCCCUUUUGCCCUGCAUGCUAAAGACAAACAUGACAAUAUGAAUGCUUCAUUUUCCAAACAUGACUGUUCUUUUUAUGUAUGUGUGUAUUAUAAAUAGAAAAUGUUUUAGGGCCAGUUUCAUUUUUAUGGCUAAAUCUGUUCAUUUUUAUAUAUAUAUAUAUUUUGUGGGCUAAAUAAACAUACAAAAUAGCACAUUUUUGCUUGCAGCAGAAGUGUUUCUUCUUUACUGUCUUAAAAAAAAUAAUUGGCUUAUGGGUUAUGACCAGAAGAAUUCUAUCCAGGGGUGCAACUACCAGGGGGGGCAGGUCUUAAAAAAAUAAUUGGUUAGAAAAUUGUUUUUACCCAAUAUCAAAUAAAACAGUAACAAACAAAAAGUAAUUAUUCAAUGCAGAUUUUACAAUCUGCAUUCUCGAUGUCCUCUGUACAAAACCUCAAAUGUCAAAAGGUAAUAUUUUGACAGCACCUGUACUAAAUUACAGUGGAAUGAACUGAAAAGAGUCAUUUCUUAAUGCUUGGCUGUUUAGUCCAGGUUUCCAGCUUGCUUCCACCUGGCAAAAUAAGUUCAGCUGUUGCAUAUUACACAACAAAUAGGUUUUUAUGAGUACUUAAAUAUAUGGCUGUUUUCUUACAUUUACUGACCACUUUAUUAGGAAUAUUAUGCUCAGUUAUGGCUUCAGUUCUUUGUAGAAUGCACUGGAUUCUUGGAUCUCCUGUUCCACCAAGUUCCAAAUGCUUUUUUGAUAUUGACCUAGUGACUAAGGAGGCAGCUGGAGUACAACAGAACGAGUUUAACAAACAGCACAUGAUGAUGCUGAAAGCAGUCAUUAGACGAUGGUAUAUGUGGCAUUCAAACCCCAUUCUCACACCACCAGCCGGAGCUGUUGACGAACUGCUGCUCACUGGAUGUUUUUCAGUGUUUUUCUGUGUCUAUUUCACACCUGAUCAGCAGUUUUUGAAGAGUUUAAACCGCUAAUAAACAGAGCCCCUUAUAACAAAGAUAUAAACCCAAGCCUUCAUGAACCUGCUUUAUAAGACGGGCCCCUGCUUUGAAGAUAAUGAGCGAUUAGGAAUAUGAUGUUUAUAUUUGUUACAAAACACACAGGCGAUGUUUUACAUGCACAUCCACAUCACUGCUCUAAUAUAAACAAAUAAGGUAUGAGCAUACAUUGAUGAAUUCAUUUUUUUUUUUUAUUUCUUUGUCAGACUGGCUAUAUUUAGACUCUUCUAUGGUUUUAAUAAUGUAAAAUGCUAUUGCUUAAAUGUCAGUAUUUCAACUGCUGUAAAAUGAUACUUUUAUACGUUCUUGAUUUUUGAAGUAGUGUGUCGAUCGAACUUUCCAUUCCUGGUGCGGGCAGUGCAGACAGCAUGUUGUAAUAUAGUGUAUGAUAUGCUGCCUUGGCUGAGUAAAUAAGUACUGCGAAAAGGCUUCUGAAGCAAAGCCAGAAGAUUCGUUCGUUGCUGCCGCAGUCUUUGUGUUUAUAUGGUGUUUUUUCAUGUAAGUGUUUAGAGUAAAUAAAAUGUUUAUACAAAGCCAA